AUUUAUCAUUGUAAAAUGUACAGGAUAUGAAUUGGAAAUUUUUCUAGAGGGAUUUGUUACUUUUAUCAACCAGUGAACAAUCGGAGGGCACAUGACAAUACAAAUGCUAGAAAAUUCUGCAACAAAUCAAACAAACAUGGAUUCUGGAACUCAAUAAAACGUGCACAGAUUAUCUCCCCCAUACGUCACAUUCAGUUUUUGUCUAAAUAAAUCUAAAUGUAAAUCUAAAUAAUUUCUAAAAGAUUAAUGUGUAAAUGUAUAAUAAACGUCGAAUGUAAAAAACGAACAAAGAUAUAUGAAAUAACAUACAAAGAAUUCAAAUAUCUGAAAUUACAACAACAAAGCGCAGUAAAUUCCGACCACACAUUAUUUUUGUCUCCAAAUUAGCUCAAAAAUACUCAUUUUCAAAAAGUUAAACAAGACCGUAUUUCAAAAUCAAUUUUUGAUAAGAAAAUCCUCUCCUGACAUUGCAUUGCUAAAUCACCACCUAAAUACACACAAGUUUCUAGGUGAUGAUGCUUGCACUCCACAGUUGUAUGAUAUCUUAAACUGGACAAUAAUAUAAUUUUAUGAAUGAUGACCUAAAUAAAACAGCUCUUUCAGAAAUUAUUUGCCUUCAGUAUGAAGGAACGAUGAAAGUCAAUUGUAAAUCAUGGGUUAAAGUUCACAAAGUAAAACACCAAUUCAACAAUGAUAGUAAUACCAAUACUUCAAAGCACAUUUUCGAAUAACAAUUUUAAGCUGAAUGGUUGAAUAUCUAUCUUGUUUCCUAUGGUUCCAUAAGUUAUGAUAAAGACAUGAUGUUUGUAACAUGACAUCUUGUGUCUACAAUUUUGUCAUUCAUAAUUAUGUUAGGCAGUAGAGAAUAUGAAUUAGGCUUGAAUCAUGUACAGUCGCUCAGAUAGUAUUCAGCCAAUCUCAAUGUGCUCAGAGCUGUAGGUUAAAAUGCAAUUAAUUGUUUAUGAUGGAAAAAUUCAGUUAUUACAAAAUUAUAUUUUUUCAAUGUACAAAAUUCUAUUAUAAAAGAAUACAUUUUAAAUUUAAAUCUUUGGUACAUAACAUCAGUUUACAGAAAUGUGGUUAAGCAAGGUAAACAGCCAAAUAAAAAUCAAUUAGUAUGAACAUGAUAUCUAUAUAUCUAUGACAUGUCAUAAUAUAUAUUCACAGUUUCUUACCUUCUAGCUGCGGUAACAAUUCGAAAGGAUUUUGCCUUACUACCUAAUUUUAAUCUCAUUAGAUUUUCCCUUUUUUCCGCACAUCUUAGCCUACUCAAUUAUACAUACAUCUCAGAUGAGGCAUUGGCUUCCAUUAUUGACUUGCUGUGUACUGAGGCUGAACCCAGUUAAAUAAGUGGGUAUAAUAGAAAACAGUGCCUGAGCAGUGAUGAUUGUUACAAGCAACAACAAACACCAUGUCUGCAUCUGUUUCUUCGCUAUUCCGAUGUUUUCUCGCUGUCAUAUUGGCACCUUGAACAAUCGAGUAUAUUAUUUCAACAACUGAAGCCAGUUGCGCGGUAUCUAACUGUUCGUCCGUCACGGUCGAAAUUGGUCCAAAUGCUGGAUACUCUUGAUGACAUAUUAACUAGAUGCAAACAAAAAUGUGUAAAUUACGAGGGAAGAUUGAAGUCACUGUUAUUGCAAUGAUUAUUUUUACUCUCGCGCUUAUUCUGUACGUAUUGUUCACCAGUGAUGUGCUUGUUGAUUCUUCGAUGAGUAAAGAAAGAAAUAGUCAGGCCUCCGCAUUAGUCCAUAAACAAACUUCUGUUAAUCGUUUCUCUUCUCUUACCCUCAGUCCUGAUGUGUUAGCGAGUCAUAACAGGGCAGAGGAACGUAUUAUGGAUGAUGUUAGAAGAGACAGUGAUCAAGAUGAAAAUAACCUUGCCAGAAGAGUAUUAGCCCCCCAAAAUCAAGAAAACAGACCUAUUUAUUACAAUGAACGAAAUAAUUUCAUGGAGCAACACAACUCCGUAAUGUUUCGUGGUCAUCGCGUUGUGCACCUUGAUCUGAAGGGAGCACCUCCCCGUGUGGCAUAUUAUGAUGAAUUAUUUCCAUUGCUUCGUAGCUUAGGAGCAACUGGAAUUUUAAUCGAGUAUGAAGAUAUGUUCCCAUAUAGCGAUGGUUUGAAAGAUCUUGCCGCUCAUAAUGCAUACACAAAAGCAGAUAUUAAACACAUAUUGAAGGUUGCUAAUGAGAAUGAACUAGAAAUUAUUCCCCUCAUACAGACAUUUGGGCAUCUUGAAUUUGUGCUUAAGUUAGAAAAAUUUUCUAAUUUGAGAGAAGUGCCCAAAUAUCCACAAGUUGUGUGCCCCUCAAAUAAUGAUACUUUUCCUGUAUUAGCCAUGAUGAUUAACCAAAUUAUGAAACUCCAUCCUCAUAUAAAACAUUUACAUAUAGGUUGUGAUGAAGUGUAUUAUUUGGGAAAUUGUAUUCGUUGUGGUAUGGCAAUGGUCGAUCACAAAUGGGCAAAAACUCACCUGUUUCUUAAUCAUGUGAUUCGAGUUGCUAAGUAUGUACGUAAGCACUUCCCAAAUGUUAUGCCUCUUACUUGGGAUGAUGAAUUUCGUAAAGUAUCUGAGGAAGUACUCCAAGAAUCCAGAGUAUCACAAUGGCUGGAACCUGUUGUUUGGAAGUAUUCACCUGAUCUUGUAACAUCAAUUGGUUCAGAUAUUUGGGAAAAAUAUAUUUCUGUCUUUCCUGCAGUAUGGGUAGCCAGUGCAUUCAAAGGUGCUACUGGACCAGAUAAAUAUGUCACUGACAUAAGUUAUCAUCUUGAAAAUCAUCGUGCUUGGAUGGAUGUUAUAAAUUCCUAUUCUCAAAGAAUUAAAUUUCGAGGAAUUAUGUUAACUGGAUGGCAACGUUAUGACCAUUUUGCAAUUCUAUGUGAGUUGCUGCCUGUUGGGUUGCCAUCAUUGGCUACAAAUUUGGCUUUCAUACAAGAGAAAGAUAAAAAAACUAGUCAAAUACUCCGACAAGUGAUGGACGUGUUGAAAUGUGAUCCACCAUUACCAUUGAGCCCUGGAAUGGGACUCUCUCACUGUGGUUUCCCUGGUGCGGGUAUCCUUGAAGCUGCAGAACGAUUAUAUAUUUUGCAACAGAAUAUUGAUAAAUAUCUCUCUGAUUCAGCUGUCAAAGGAUGGUUUACUGAUUACAACAUUGAACAUGGUUUUGCUAGUCCUUCAUUGGUGGAACGUGCAACUGCUGAACUUAAUCAUUGUAAAAUGGAGCUAGGAAAUAUUAAACAAGAUAUGAUAACUGCAAUGUCUGAAGUAUAUGAUUCUUACACAACCAAAGAGUGGAUUAGCACAUACAUUCAACCUCUGGACAUUAAAUUACAGAAUUUGUGGGAUGCUAAAGAGAAAUUACUUGCCCCAAAUUAUUGGCCAAAACGACCUUUAGACUUCGCAGCAUCUAAUGUUAGGAGUUCUUCAAAGCCUCAAUCACCGGGAAGUACAUAAGAAGUAUUUGUUGUCUUUGAAAUAAAUCAUAAGACUUGGGAUUUCUGAGUUCAUGUGAAUUGUACACAUAUUUCACAUGUUGUUGAUGUGCAGGUAGUGCAUUGACGGUGUAAGUAGUAUUAAAACAAAACAAUAGUUCGUACAGUGUACAUUUAAGCAGAAUUGUACAUUCUGUGCGAGAUACUUCAUAACAGGUGGCCACUGCGAAGAUUUACUCCAAUUUGUUUGUGUGGUAGUGUUCAAAGAUUAGGAAAUAUGGACACCAAAAUUUACAUGUUAAGGAGUCAAUAUUUUGGGCUGAAAUUUAGUACACGGUACAACCUACGGAAGUCAUUUAAAUCGGCACUUUGCGCCGUUCUGGCGUUAAUAAGGCAGUUAGAAUUCUGAAGGCUUUCUUGAAAACUGAUGUCUUAUAAAAGUGAAUUGGUAAUUAUGCAUUGGAUAGACUCGAGGAUGUUUAUAGUGAAUGCGAGGGUCGAAGGCCCGAGCCUCGCCGUAACUUGGAUCCAGGCGAGCGAAGCAAGAAAACUUGCCUUUGAAAGUAAAUUGGCGUUACAAUGAAGUGGGGACAAAGCACAUGAAGGGCGAACCAUGAAAAUUGCCUAUCUGUAAGUUUUAUUCAUUUCUAUUAAGAGCACGUACAGUAUUUCGGGGUUAAGCCCUGCUGCCACGCUUCUCUAAGGGUGUACCGUAUACUAAAUUUUAACCAUAUU